UAAUUAUAAAUAAAAAAAAAAAGGAAGCAAAGGAAAAAGCGAAAAUUCCUUCACGAAUUUGCAGAAGCACAAUAGUCAAACUCACCCACAAACGUUUCUGGGUUUUCUUUCUGAUUAUUCUUCUCAAAAUCAACCCAAUAUUGAGGCGAUAAACGAUGAUGCCAUCAAUUACUUCGUCUUCUUCGGCUACUGUGAGAGUCGACAAAGCUACCAGCGAAUUCUUGAUCGGUCCCGAUUGGACUCUCAAUAUGGAAAUUUGUGAUAUUGUUAAUUCCAAUCAGAUGCUUGCUAAAGAUGUUGUGAAAGCUGUGAAGAAACGGUUGCAGCACAAGAACCCGAAAGUUCAAUUGCUGGCUUUAACGCUUCUGGAGACGAUUGUCAAGAACUGUGGAGAUUAUGUGCAUUUUCAGAUUGCAGAAAAGAAUAUACUUCCGGAGAUGGUCAAGAUUGUAAAGAAAAAGACUGAUAUGCACGUAAGAGAUAAAGUUCUAACCCUGAUUGCCUCAUGGAACGAGGCAUUUAGUGGGUCGGGAGGAAGAUAUCCUCAGUACUCUAUGGCUUACGAAGAUCUGAGGCGGUUUGGUGUACACUUUCCCCGUCGCCCACCAGAUGCUGCUCCAAUACAUACUCCACCUGCUACACAUGCAGUGUUGACUCCUCCACCAGGUUAUGGAAUGCCAAGUAGCUCUUCUACGAGGCUUGAUGAAGCAAUGGCAGCUGAAGAUACUUUAAGUUUGUCAGGCCUGAACUCCAUGCGCGAUGUUCUUGAGCUCUUGACGGAUAUGUUGCAAGCCGUUGAUCCAAGUGAUCACUCGGCUGUUAAUGAUGAAAUCAUAGUUGAUCUUGUUGAGCAAUGUCGCGUUAAUCAGAGAAAGCUGAUGCAGUUGUUGGGGACAACCGGAGACGAAGAGAUUCUCGUAAAGGGUCUUGAACUAAACGACAGCUUGCAGAGUGUGCUUGCGAAACACGAUGCAAUAGCAUCGGGUUCCCCUCUUGCACCCCAACCCACCCCCCCCGCACGCGCUACUUCUGAGAACAAUGAAUCCAACCUCAGAUCAUCUGAAGUCAGCACACAACCGGCAACAGCUAACGAAGCACCGCCUGCACCCGCCUCUACUGCGAUUGAUGAAGAGGACGAUGAAGAAGACGACUUUGCACAGCUCGCUCGAAGACAUUCAAAAGCUCGGAGCGAUGUUUCUCAAAACUCCAAUACAGCUAAAAGUGACAUGUUAUCACAAGAAGCUCCCUCGAGCCCUGCUAUGAGCAAUGCACUAGUUCCCAUUGACACGCCUGCAUCAGUGGAUACAAAAGAUCAGAACAUUGCAGAGCUCCUGAGCAUCGUCUUGUCGACAGGUAGCAGCUCGAACGAGCAGACCACUUCUCCAAACCACAUGCCUUCUUCGACCACCCCAGGUACUGUAUUUUCCUCCGAGGCUUAUCCUGCUAGCAACGGCUUCGCCUUGAACAACAACUACAUCGCCCCAUGGGCUCAACCUCAGCCACAGCAGCUGCCACAACAACCACAGCUUCAGCCUUACCAACAACCUUCAUACAACUCACAGUCACCUGCGUAUCUUCAGCCUCAGCCUCAGCCUCAGCCGCAAUAUCAACAGCAAUAUCAACCACAACCACAGCCUCAGCCUCAGCCUCAAAAUUCGCAAUAUGCAUACCCUCCUCCACCGUGGGCUUCUACUCCGGGUUACUACAGCAGUCAUACCCCUAUGUCAAGGCCCGCGUACACGUACUCGACUCCGACCCCUGCCUCAUCUUCCAACAAUGGAGAGGUGCAGGCAGCCAACUCUAUUCCGAGGACAGGGGCAGGGGCUGGGCAGAAGCCGUUCAUCCCUUCGUACAGAUUGUUUGAAGAUCUUGAUGUGUUCAGCAGUGGGGACGGGAGAUUCAGACCGACUAGUAACGCAACGCCGAGCUUGUCGGGGCCCACAAGCCAAAAUAUGGUUGGAGGGAGGAAGUGACCGUUAUAUUUUGGCACCUCAAGCAUGUUGGAUUUAUUUAAUUUUUGGUAUAUUUGGGAACAGUGGUGUAAGUAUUAGGGUCGUUUGAAUAACGGUUAUUGAACUAGUGUUCGAGUUGGGCGCGCCUAAAAUAAGUUGUUCUCCCAGAAAAUAAAGGGUGUUUUCUUUUUUUUUUUUA